GAGAGAGGGAAAGAGAGCAGUCAUCAUCAAUUCAUCAUCAUCAUCAUCAUCAUCUAGAAACCCUAGAGAGAUCGAGGAAGCAGAGAAGCGGAGCGAAGGAAACGGCCAUGGUGGAUUCCGUCGUCUUCGUGCUAACGGCGCUGCUCGUCGCCGUCGCCGCCGCGGCCUUCGACGUCCCGGCGAUCCCGUUCGACGAGGGAUACUCACAGCUCUUCGGCGAGGGCAAUCUCGUCCGGUCCCCCGACGGCCGGAGCGUCCGCAUCAUGCUCAACCGCUACUCAGGGUCGGGAUUCAUAUCGUCGGAUUCGUACCUCCACGGAUUCUUCAGCGCCUCCAUCAAGCUCCCCGCCGGUUACACCGCCGGCGUCGUCGUCGCCUUCUACGUGAGCUCUCACAAACUAGAGUAGUAGUUUCUCCUCUCUUUUUUUUUUAAAA